AUGUUAAAUGGGAAGAUUAAUGUCUAAAUGAAUCAUAAUUAUUUCGUUGACUUAAUUACAAAGGCUAAUCAAACUGUGAGAUCAUUGAAUUCAAAAUUCCAAAAGAAACAAAUGAGAGAUAAAAUGGACAAGGAGUACUUUAACGUUUUGAAUGGCAAAAUCAACUUCCAAAUUAAUGAUAAAGAAUACAUAGAUUUGAUUGCAACAAAAGCUAAUUACACUGUCAGACCAUUAACAUUAAGGUUGAGAAUGCAGUAGAUGAAAGCAAAAAUGGAUGAGGAAAUUAAUAUUUCCAAAUUGAAACACGAGAACAUCUAAUAAUAAUAAAAUUUAGAUGACUACUAUAAAAAUAUAUUCUUUUUGCACAAAAAGCGAAAAAACAAAUUCAUCAAUAAAACAAUGGUAAAUCAAGGAGAAACAAGAAGUCCUCUAACUUAAAGGAACUUUACUCAAUCUUCCCCUUAGAGAUAAACAUAAUAGUUCAAUAAAACCAUGUUGCCUUCUUCCCCGCUGAUUCAAUCAAAUAAGAUUAAGGUACAACAAUAUCAAGAUUACCUCAAACUCAAUCAUUAAAUCAGUUAACAUUAGGGAUAAUUAAAUGUAUAGAUCUUGAAUCUCUUGGAAUAAAAAGUGUAAGCAAUUAGUUAAAUUAGUCACAUAGCCAAAUCGCUGAAAUAGUCAUGCACUAAGUCUGGAGUCGAUUCCUAUGAGCAAGCAUUAAAAACAAUCCAAGUCCUCAAACAAAAUAUAAAUUAAUAGGUCAUAAAGGAAUGUAAUUCCAUUUAUGAAGAAAAAUAGAACCAUAAGUUGAACAUUCUUGAAAAAACUUAUACUUAUUUUUUAAGGGUUAUGGACGUAAUUUAAUAGAUGGAUGAUUAAAUAUACUAAUAUAUGUUGAACUAUAAAUCCAAAAACCCAGUGCAUGAUCACAACUCUAUUCUUGAAGAUAUAAAUUAGAUGAGAGAUGAUGCAUAUAACGAAAAAGUUCGAACUUUCAGUAAAUAUCACGAUAUAGAUCAGGAAAAGAAAAGGGAUAGAUAGAAACUCAACAAAGUUAAGGCAUAUUUUUGA